AUGUAUAGCUUCAAUAUUCUGCUCGCUAUCUUUAUCACGGGCUAUGUCUUGUACUAUGGCAUUACCUUCAUAGUCGACCGACGCAAAGCAAAACUGCUCGGCUGUCAACCAGCUCAUUUGCAAAGAAACCGACUUCCUCUUGGAUGGGAUCUUUUACAAAGGCUUAGAGCAGCCACCAAUGCUGGGAACCUACCUGAAGAAAUGUACAAGAUGUUUCAGGAAGAAAGACACUGGACAUUCAAAUCCAGUAUGCUGGGUACCACCUUUGUCCAAACUGUUGAGCCCAAAAACAUCCAGGCUCUUCUUGCCACACAGUUUGAAGACUUCGAACUCGGAGAUCUACGCCGGCGAGCAUUGUCCCCAAUGUUGGGGAACGGUAUCUUCACAGCAGAUGGGAAAUAUUGGAAACAUUCCAGAGCCAUGAUCCGCCCCCAGUUUGUACGAGACCAGGUAUCAGACCUCAAGCUCGAAGAAGUACAUGUGCAGGAGCUUCUGCGACAGUUACCAACGGGUCUUGAUGGCUGGACAGGCCCAAUAAACCUCACACCUCUCUUCUUCCGACUCACGCUCGAUUCUGCGACCGAGUUCCUUUUUGGCACCAGCGUGCAUUCACAGCGUCAGCAGAGCGAGAAUCAUGAUUACGAAUGGAAAAACCUCUCCGCGAGCUUCGAUACUGGGACAAGGGUGUUAGGCGAGCGGAGUCAGCUACUUGAAUUUUACUGGCUCUGCAAUCCAAAAGACUUCCGUGAUAGUAUCAAAGAGGUGCAUCGCUUUGCGGACUUCUGUGUUCGGGAAGCACUCGAUCGUUUCCAAAACCCGAAGACAGAAUCCGCUCCGACAUCUGCACCAAAGGAAAAAUACAUUUUCCUUGACGAGUUGGUCAAGGCCACCAAGGACCCUAUCGAGUUGAGAAGCCAACUCUUGAAUGUGCUUCUUGCCGGUCGUGAUACAACAGCAAGUCUUUUGAGCUGGACAUUCUGGCUGUUGGCACGUCACCCACUCGUGUUUGAUAAGCUUCGCGAAAGUAUUCUCAGCGAUUUCGGCCCCCAUGAGAAGACAGAAAAAAUCUCCUUUAGUUCACUCAAAUCAUGCACCUAUCUUCAAUAUGUGCUGAAUGAGGUCUUACGUCUUUACCCCCCUGUUCCUAUCAAUGAUAGGCGAGCUACAAAGGAUACCACGCUCCCCUUGGGAGGUGGAGCCGAUGGAAAGUCGCCCAUAUUUGUGAAGAAGGGCGAGGAGGUCCUGUACCAUGUCUGCGUAAUGCAUCGAAUGAAGGAGCUCUGGGGUCCGGAUGCAGAUGAAUUCAAUCCAGAGCGUUGGGAAAGUCGUAAGCACGGCUGGGAGUAUUUGCCUUUCAAUGCCGGUCCACGCAUUUGUCUGGGGCAGCAAUUCGCUUUGACGGAGGCGGGCUAUGUGAUGACAAGAUUGUUGCAAAGAUUUGAUCGAUUACGCCUUGACAAGGAGUCCGGUAUGCCACCGGCUCAUCGCUUGGGUCUUACAGACGCACCUGAGGAGUACACGAUAUAUCUUCAUGAGGCAAAGCUUUGGACCGAGAUUCUCAGUGUAUACGGUCCAACUCGCGAAACCGAUUGUCUCCUCAGCAUCGGCACAGGAAUGGGAUCUAACGUUGCGGACACCAAUAUUCUCUUCUGUGCGCUCGUCGGUGCCUUUGCGCCGCAUGCCCAGACCAAGAGAUACUAUCGACUGAAUGUCAGAAAGGAGCUCCCUGAACCGGCGAACCCAAAAGAGAUACUGGGUUGGCUAACCCAAAGCAAGACCGUGGAAGGCGUUCCCAAAGAUGUUGAGGACCGGGGGUCUCUUGACGAUGUGGAUGCAAUUCCCAGACUUGAGGAGCUGACGAUUGAAUGGAUCAAGAAGCAGAAAUUAAGAAAGCUGAAGGGCGUGACAUCUUGA